GGGAGCACCCGGGAACAAUGCAAAGGGGGGUGUGCGGAGGGGGAGGAUGCUUGGGGCGGGAGCUCGUGCAAAGCGUGCAGACUCGCGGUGUUCGGCUACUUUCUGAGACGCGUGCCCUUAGUCACGCGGGGGGGCAAACGCUCGGAGCCAGCGACUCCUGAGGGCGGCGGGGGCAGCUGAAAGUUUGCCAAAGCCCUCGGAGGGGCCGGUCUCAGGGACGUGAUUGGCAGGCAGGAGGGAGAGCGAGGGCUGAAAGCCGAGCGGAGGGAGAAGGCUCUCGGGCGGCGAGAGGUCCUGCCCAGCUGUUGGCGAGGAGUUUCCUGUUUCCCCCGCGGCGCCCGGGCGAAGUUGAGUGAGUCACUCGCGCGCACCGACCGACGACACCCCCGCGCGCGCACUCGCCGGGGGCAGGAGCCGGCCUCCUGCGCAGCUCCCCUCGGCCGCCGGGGGCCUCCCCGCGCCCCGCCGGCCUCCAGGCCCCCUCCCGGCUGGCGAGCGGCGCCGCAUCUGGCCCGCGCAUCUGCCCGGCCGGCCGGCGCAGGGUCCCGAGAGGGCGCGGCGCGGGGGCGCAGCCGGGGCUCCGGGAGGCGCCGUCCGCUGCGCUCCGGGCUCGGUCUAUGACGAGCGGCGGGGGCUGCCAUGGGUCGGGGGCUGCUCCGGGGCCUGUGGCCGCUGCACAUCGUCCUGUGGACGCGCAUCGCCAGCACGAUCCCGCCGCACGUUCUGAAGUCCGUUAACAAUGGCAUGAUGGUCACCGACAACAAUGGUAUCAUCAAGUUUCCGCAGUUGUGCAAAUUUUGUGAUGUGAGAUCUUCCACCUGUGACAGCCAGAAAUCCUGCCUGAGCAACUGCAGCAUCACGUCUAUCUGUGAGAGGCCACACGAAGUCUGUCUGGCUGUCUGGAGAAAGAACGAUGAGAACAUAACCCUAGAGACGCUUUGCCAUGACCCCAAGGUUACCUACCAUGGAAUUGCUCUUGAAGACUCUGCUUCUCCCAAGUGUAUUAUGAAGGAAAAAAAGGUGUUGGGCGAGACGUUCUUUAUGUGUUCCUGCAGCACCGAUGAAUGCAAUGACUACAUCAUCUUCUCAGAAGAUCUCCAGUUCAUGCUCAGUAGAGAGAGCUGUGGUUGGCAUCCUGUUCCUGUUUUUAAAAGAAAUGCAUCUACCAUUUCCCCGUUAGAAUCAAGUUUGCUGAAGACCAUUGAAUACGCCAGCAACAACCCUGACCUGCUGUUGGUCAUAUUCCAAGUGACAGGCGUCAGCCUCCUGCCCCCGCUGGGGAUCGCCAUAGCGGUCAUCAUCAUCUUCUACUGCUACCGUGUUCACCGGCAGCAGAAGCUGAGCCCAUCCUGGGAGACCAGCAAGCCACGAAAGCUCAUGGAGUUCAGCGAGCACCUUGCCAUCAUCCUGGAAGACGACCGCUCUGACAUCAGCUCUACCUGCGCCAACAACAUCAACCACAACACAGAGCUGCUGCCCAUUGAGCUGGACACCCUGGUGGGGAAAGGCCGCUUCGCCGAGGUCUACAGGGCCAAGCUGAAGCAGAACACUUCUGAACAGUUCGAGACCGUGGCGGUCAAGAUCUUCCCUUACGAGGAGUACGCCUCCUGGAAGACGGAGAAGGACAUUUUCUCAGACAUCAACCUGAAGCACGAGAACAUACUGCAGUUCCUGACAGCCGAGGAGCGCAAGACGGAGCUGGGGAAGCAGUACUGGCUGAUCACGGCCUUCCACGCCAAGGGCAACCUGCAGGAGUACCUGACGCGGCACGUCAUCAGCUGGGAGGACCUGCGCACGCUGGGCAGCUCCCUCGCCCGGGGCAUUGCCCACCUGCACAGCGACCACACCCUGUGCGGGAGGCCCAAGAUGCCCAUCGUGCACAGGGACCUCAAGAGCUCCAAUAUCCUCGUCAAGAACGAUCUGACCUGCUGCCUGUGUGACUUUGGGCUUUCCCUGCGUCUGGACCCGACCCUGUCUGUGGAUGACCUGGCCAACAGCGGGCAGGUGGGAACUGCAAGAUACAUGGCUCCAGAAGUCCUAGAGUCCAGGAUGAAUUUGGAGAAUGUUGAAUCCUUUAAGCAGACGGAUGUCUACUCCAUGGCUCUGGUCCUCUGGGAAAUGACAUCUCGCUGUAAUGCGGUGGGAGAGGUGAAAGAGUACGAGCCUCCAUUUGGUUCCAAGGUGCGGGAGCACCCCUGUGUUGAGAGCAUGAAGGACAAUGUGCUGAGAGACCGAGGACGACCAGAAAUUCCCAGCUCCUGGCUCAACCACCAGGGCAUCCAGAUGGUGUGCGAGACUCUGACCGAGUGCUGGGACCAUGACCCGGAGGCCCGGCUCACGGCCCAGUGCGUGGCCGAGCGCUUCAGUGAACUGCAGCACCUGGACAGGCUCUCGGGGAGGAGCUGCUCCGAGGAGAAGAUUCCCGAAGAUGGCUCGUUGAACACUACCAAAUAGCUCUCUCGGGGCAGGCUGCGCUGAUCUAAAGAGGCUGCCCCUGUCACCAAAGAACAGAGGCGGCGGGAAGCUGCCCCUGACCCUGAACCAAUGCUUCCUGGAGGCCCCGGGGGCCACUCCCCUCCCCGUGAGCUGUGGGCGUGAGCAGAAACACCAGCAGCAGGGAGUGGGUAUCAUGAAGCAUUCUACGCCUUUGACAUUGUCAUAGGAUAAGCUGUGUUAGCACUUCCUCAGGAAAUGAGAUUGAUUUUUACAAUAGCCAAUAACGUGCACUUUAUUAAUGCCUGUAUAUAAAUAUGGAAUAGCUAUGUUUUAUAUAUAUCUAUAUAUGUCUAUAUCUAUAUAUAUAUACAGCCAUACUCUGGAAAGAGACAAGGAAAAAAGAUCAAACAUCCCAGGAAAUUGGUUUGUUUGGAGCGCUCCGGAACCAGGCACAGAAGGAAGGGAUCCGUGACAGCAUUAGCAUUUGACAAUCACACGUGCGCUGGUUCUCUGACUACACAAGGUGGGGGCUCUGCAUCAGGAGAGGGGCUCCGAGCCAGCCGUGGCCACGCUGCACUUGCUUUUGCAAACUAAUAACUCCGUGCACGUGGAAUUAGCUCCUUUUCUGGCCAUGGAGCUAAUUAGAGUCACGCCGUUUGGGGACCAGAUCCUGGGAGACUGGGUCUCCUGGACUUCUCACUUGAGCUUCAAGCCCACGAUCGGUUUGUGAGUCACCUUCCUCGACCAGCUCAGAAACCCUGUCCCAUCUCCAAGAGCUUUUAGCUUCCCAGGCUUCACGGGCAUAAAAAUCAGAACAGAUUUCCCCACUUAGGAAGUGGCCGCAUAUUCUAAUGACAGAUCGUUCUUUCUGUUUGUUAAUCCCCCUGCCAUAUCUACGUUAUUCUUCUCUCCUGCCACCCAGAUUCCCUUUCCUUAAAGGGAAUACGUCUCCUGUCGAGGGUUCGUUGUGUUCAUUUUCUCAUCAGGCUCGGUUUGAGUCUCUAGCUUUCCGUGCAAACGCCAAGAGUUUCCAUCUCUCUGGGCUCCUGGAUGCUCCAGUACACGUUGGCCUAGUCAGAAGGAUUCGAGCUGCACGACACCGCCAUGGUCAGAGCUGUUUCCUCAGGCACUCUGAACAUGUGUUUUGCUUGGCCAGCACAGCGUCGAACAAAAUUGAGCCACUUUUUAAAUAUUUGGAGAUUUUGCAAAACAGAAAAUCUGGAUCCUCCCAAGUGAAGACAGAUAGCAGAUGGUUUCCAGUUCUCCCCAGUCCACAUUAUUCACAAGACAAAGGUGUGGACACACUUUUUUAAAGCUGCUUCACUUCUCGCUGUAAACGUUGGCAUUUUCCACUGCCCACCCCAUCCCAGGCUAGGAAUUAAACCUGCCCGUAACCAAGGCCCCUUGUAAGAAAUGUGCGUUACGUCAGCCAUUCUCUGGCUAGAUCAUAUGAGUUUGAUUGCCUCUCUCUUCCUGGUCUGGUGUUAAGAUUUGAAGUUGGUGGGUUUUUCUGGACUGAAGGGGACCCCCUCAAGUGGUCCCAGUUAAGCCAAAUCUAUUUUGCCUAUAUGUUAAGAGCUUUCCCCUGCGCAUUACGGAGGGCAGCUCUUACCUAGAAGCUUUUGCCAGGGUUAUCAGUCUCUCCACCAUACCAGCCUUCCCCGCCCUUUGCAGGAUUUGCUAGCAAGGACUUGAAUGUGGGACACAGUCCCUUUUGCAUUUAGGAAGUCUGUGUCCGAAUGGGCAAGAACAAAGAAUGAGCUUUAAUACUCCAUAGGAAUUUGUUAAUCCACAAAUGUUAAUGCUGCAAAUAAUCUCUUUUUUAAUGUUGUUGAAGCUACCUAUUUUCAGCCAAAUAGGAAUAUUAGGACUGGCAGUGAGCAAAUCAGUUCCAUUUGGAUUUUGGAAGGUCUCCUCUCAUUGAAGUUUUAGCAGAUAGGCUGAGAUUUGGGAUUAGAUGAACCUUGUAGGCACCUUUCUCAGUGGGGGUGGGCUGAGAGAGUUCGGGACAGUCUGUCUGCAGCACCUUGGAAGUGCCCGGAAAUUCCUUUGCACCUUAGGGCUUAGAUGCUGUCCCAAUAGCUGUUGCUCAUUGACCUCUAGUGGUGAAUUUCUAGAAUACUGGUCCAUUAAUGGGAUUUUCCAAGAUUCAAAAGAGCUUUAUCACUUCUGGGUGGUCAUCAGCAUAAACUGGAAUGUAGUGUCAGAUGAUACUGUGGCUUUUUUUUUUUUUUUCCUUGUCAAGAAAAAGACCAAGGAAUAACAUUCUGUAGUUCCUAAAAAUACUGAUUUUUUUUUUUUUUACUACUAUACAUAAAGGGAAAGUUUUAUUCUUUUAUGGAACACUUCAGUACUCAUGUAUUAAAAUAGGAAUGUGAAUGCUAUAUACUCUUUAUAUCAAAUGUCUCAAGCACUUAUUUUCAUUCUAUGCAUCGUUUGUCUUUUAUAUAAAUAAAAUGUUUAUUAGAUGGAAUAAAGCAAAAAUACUCAGGUCA